AUGCCUUCAGAAAAGAAAAAACGCGUUUUACCACCACUCCCUACAGGAUUAGAUUUCAAUACUCCACCGAAAGAUAGUUUAGUUGAAGAUUUAAGAUACGCGCUUGAACAUGCAAAAGAAUUAUACUCCGACAUAGCAUGGGAUUUUACUGUAGCACUAAACCAAACUAACAUCUAUGCACACAAAGCUAUCUUGUAUGCUCGAAGCUCACGCUCCUUUCAAGAACGAUUCUUGAAAAAUAAAGAUGCGAAUGGGAUGUCCAUACGAUCAGUUCGAUUAUCAAACCCAGAACCAAUAAUUGUAAAGACUGCUGAAGACCCAUUCUUUUUUCGACAGGAAUUAAGGUUUUUUUAUACCGGUGAAGAAGGCAGUGAAGAAUUUUUAGCUGCUGUUGAUACUACAGAUGAGCUCGAACAGGAUAAAUUAAAAGAAGAUUUAUUAUAUAUGCUUAAAUCUAAAUUAUAUACAGAUGUUGAAUUAGUCUUGGACCGCUCUGAUGAUAUUCUUGAUAUUAUUGAAGAAGAUGAAGAAAUUAAGCCUAUAACAGUUCGUGCUCACAGAUUCAUGUUGUAUACAAGAUCUGAAUACUUCAAAAAGAUGUUUAGUUCUAAUUUUAUCGAGGCUCGAUCAUCACAUGUUCACCUUGAUAAUAGCAUUUUUACCCAAACAUCACUCAAUUUAAUUUUGACAUUUAUUUAUACUGGUAAUCUUUCAUCUCCUUCAAAACCCUUGACGUUGGAAACUUGUGAAUUGGUUUGGAUCGGGGCUGAUUUUCUUGGUAUAAAGUUACUUUGUGAUGAAUGUAUAUACAGAAUUGCAGAUAAGUUACAUCAUUUCACUUGUACUUGCGCUGAGUGUCAAGCAGUUGUACCAGGAGUUGCUGCUUUUGCAAAGCAAUAUGAAGUUGAUAUAUUAUGGCAAGGAUGUUUGCAUGUAUUAUCACACGGAUUUGAUAAAAUGUGGCCUCAAAAAGCUUUCGCCGAACUUGAUGAAGAUACACGAGAGGAGAUUCUCUUAACAGUUCUUUCCAGAAUACAAAAUAAUAAUAUUAUGGCUAUUUUUAAAAGUUGUCGGAAGGUUUUAUCGAUGAUUGAAAUUAAAGGUAUAGGAUUGCCUUGGAUAGAAACUAUACGUGAAAUGACUAUGCAGGUUCAGUUGUAUACUACUCAAAUUUUGGUAGAAAAUUUUGAACAACUUUGCGAUGAUGAUCAAGAAUUUCUGGAUUGUGUAGACGGUAUUGGAUUUAGUUCGGAUUUAUUAGAGGACAUGAUGUAUACAAUAAUUGAAGAAGGUUUAUCUGAGCGAAAUGCCGCGCGUGUAUUAAAAUGCAUUACAGAAAAGUUAUUGACCAGACAAGCAAUAAUGAAUACGGAAAGUUUUGAAACGAAACGAGUAUUAAUACAAGCAAAGCAAAAGAUUUUUGAUUAUAUAAAAAAGCGAUGGAUUAGUGUGAAGCAAAAUGGUGGUUUUAGAAUAUUAAGUCCAUGGUUAUUAGAUGAAUUCUCAAAAGAACUUGGUGUUACAAAUCAAGAAUUACAAGAACUCGCAGAUCAUAAAGAUACUAAACCUAAGGUCAGAACACCAAGUAUAACGAAUGGUCUUUCCAAAAAAUCAAGAGAACCAUCACCUUCCCCUACACCCAAAGUGGUUAAAUCGAUAGUCACACCACCAGAAAUUGUAACAACGCCCCCUCAUUCAAAUACACCAAUAAUUUCAACAAAUACAACAACAGUUUCAACAAAUACAACGACAGUUCUAACAAAUUCAACGACAGUUUCAACAAAUGCAACGACGAUAUCAACAGAAGAUACAGACACUUUAACGACAAACGUUAGUCCUAGUUCUGAGCCCGCUUCAAACGGAAAUGGCUUAAGUCAUUCAACGUCAAAUUCAUCAUUGUCUUCCGUAAAUUCAAGUUCACAAUCAUCUCCUUUAGCAGAAUCAUCGUCAGAUACCACUUCAAAAACAAAAGUGACAACCAGUAAUGUUACUAAAAAGGGCAAAAAUGUACGUAUUGGUGGAACCACAACGGCUCCUGUGUGGGCACGUCCAACUCGUGCUAGCGUAUUACGUCAAAAGGCUCUCGCAGAUCUUAGAGUACCUAAUGGCUCUUCGACUUCACAAAGAGGUCGGUCUUCUGCUAAGCAAAAUGCUUCAGCUGCAUCUUCUCGUGCAAGUUCAAUAUCAUCCGUGAAAUCUCUAACUUCACCUUCCGUUUCACCAUCACGGUUUUCCGGUGUAAGACAAACUCGUUCUAGUUUGUUACGUAAACUUAAAUAUGAUGACGCAGAACAACGCCGUGGUCGAGACACUGAACGUGAUACUUCGCCAACAUCUUCCAGAGCUAGCUCUAUCGCUUCUGUUUCAUCUAUUACUAGUAAUACUACUACUUCAUCUCAUCACAGGAGGAAACGUUCACCAUCACAAAAUUCAUCAUCUACUUCAAUUACUUCUAAUUCAAGUGCAAUCACUAGUUUACAACCAAAACCUCAUCAAACAAAAUUAGCAACUAUUCCAAAUCCAGACAUUUCUGUAGGAAGACGUAUAAUACUUCCAACCAAAAACAAUGCACCUGGAGCUAUACAAUUUUUGGGGGAAACAGAAUUUGCUAAAGGUAUAUGGGUUGGAAUAGUAUUAGACAAUCCUGUGGGUAAAAAUAAUGGCGUAGUAGCAAAUACUAAAUAUUUUACGGCAGGCCCUAAUCAUGGAAUAUUUGUUAGACCAGAUUCACUAUUAUUGAUAUAA